AAUAUGAAAAUCCAACUUCCCUCCACCUUUUUCUUCUUCAUGUCAACCACCAUACUCGCUCUAAUCACCGCCGCCGCCGUCGCUGUCGCCAACCCAUCGCCACCCACCUCCGGCGACACCGAUUUCAUCCGUACAAGUUGCAGAACCACCUUAUACCCACAACUUUGCUACACUUCUCUCUCCAGCUACUCCAACGCCGUCCAACAAGAUCCCGGCCGGCUUGCUCGCGUGGCAAUCGGCGUCACUCUUUCCAAAGCCACCCACAUGGCCAAAUACGUCUCCAACAUCUCUCGCAACGCCGACUACGACGGCAGCCCAAGAGUCGCCGCCGCCGUGCACGACUGCUUCUCGGUGUUCGGAGACGCGGUGGACGAAAUCCGAGGCUCGCUCCGGCAAAUGAGGAGGCUGGGUGGGUCCGGCGAGUCGCUACGGUUCCAGCUCAGCAACGUGCAGACGUGGAUGAGUGCGGCGUUGACGAAUGAAGAAACUUGUACGGACGGGUUUGAAGAUGUGGCGGACGACGGCGGCGUGAAGGCGGAGGUUUGUGAUCGGGCGGUGAAGGUUAAAGAGGUGACGAGUAACGCCUUGGCGUUAGUUAAUAGUUUCGCUAAUGCAAUUCAAACUCCAUGAGAAUAAAACGAAUGGUGAUGACAAACGGUGGUUCAACGUUUACCGUUUAAAUUAUAUGGAACCAGGGAAACAAAACGUUUGUAUUUGACUGUAAAAAGUCAAAAUGUAAUUAAGUUACGUAAAUUGAGUCAUUUUUUAACGUAUUAGAAAAAGUUAAAAGGUUUUAAGUUUA